AUGGUAACUGUUCAUAGACUUGUAGCUAUCAUCGCCACCACAUUCGCUUUUUGUAAUGCAUUGGGUUCAGCAGAUGCUUUGAAGAUUCAAAGAGGCUUCACUAUGUUAGAUAUGCACCAGGUUUUAGAUGACAAAGACUGUUGGAUACCUGAAAUACCAGCAUUACCUGAAGUGAGCUCAAACAUUUACAAGAACAUUGUCGCAACUCUUUCAACCGUCCAAUACCAGCAAAAAUGUAUUUCAAGGUUUCAACGCGCAAUAGGAGUUGACACUGAGACAAACGAUGAUUUUGGUACUGUUCAAGACGAUAUUCGCUGGUCUAAAUUCUAUAACUUCUCCGCAUUUUUAAAAAAGGAUUUUCCAUUGGUACAUCAGCAUCUUCAGCUGGAAAGGGUAAACUGCCAUGGGCUGCUUUACACCUGGAAACCCGCCUCAGAGAGGGAUCAAGAUACCCAUUUUUCCAAGCCAUUCGUGCUGAUGGCUCAUCAAGAUACAGUCCCGGUCUCGAAUAAAAGCCUAGCUGAAUGGAAAUACGAUCCGUUUGAGGGGCAUGUCGAUAAAAGUGGCAUUAUAUAUGGACGUGGUGCACAUGAUGAUAAAAACUCCUUGAUUUCCAUUAUGGAGGCAGUUGAGCACCUUCUGAAAAACCACUUCCAGCCAAAACGCACGGUAGUCUUGGCUUUUGGGUUUGACGAAGAAGUAAGCGGCAAGAGGGGUGCAUUUGAAAUAUCACAAGUCUUGGAGCAGAGAUAUGGUAAACAAGGCAUCGAAUUUAUUCUCGAUGAGGGACCUGGUAUAAUCGAUCCAGUUGCACCCGGGGGCAAAGUUGCCUAUGCGACUGUGGCGACAUCUGAGAAAGGCUAUUUGGACGUGCUAAUUGAGGCGAAAGGCUUGGGGGGACAUUCCUCAUUAGCAGGUAAGCAUACUCUAAUAGGCAUAAUGGCAGAAAUGAUCGUUGCUCUCGAAACAAAAGACCCCCUUGCGCCACGAGUUUCUCGAGAUAGCCCAGUAAUAGAAUUUCUCUCCUGUCAAAACUUUAGUACCCGAGAUGUGCCGCUUCUGCUUAGAAGAAUCAGAAAAGGGGACAUUGAUGCAGAAUAUGAUCUUGGCCUUCUCCUCCAAAAUACUUCCUUGGCGGUUAUGUCACGCACGUCCCAGGCAAUAGAUCUAAUAUCAGGUGGCCAGAAAAUAAAUGCUCUUCCAGAAAGGGUCUCCGUAGGAAUCAAUUAUCGCAUCGCUCCUGGCUUGACUUUGAAAGACAUCAAGGCUCGAAUCACAUCCAUCCUGGAACCAAUUGCAAUGAAAUACAACAUGACGUCGUUUUUUUUCGGCUCUCAAGAAAGUGUAUCCUGCUCGGACAGUGAACUGUGUAUUUCGCAAGUUGGCAAAGCUCUAGAGCCUGCUAAGAUGUCCCCUCAGAAUACGAAAGCUUAUUCAGUAGUAUUUGGUAGCGUCAGUUCAGCAUUGAACCCCAUCUUCACUGAAACAUUGAAUGUGGAGUCACUGGUUGUUGUACCAACUCUUAUGGCUGGCAAUACUGACACUCGGCACUUCUGGAAUCUGACACAAAAUCUCUUUCGCUUCCGUCCGACUCGAAUUGACAUCAGAAACAAUGGAGGGCACACGGUAAACGAGCACAUUCAUGUAGAUGAUCACUUUGCUUCCAUCCAGUUCUAUUCGUCAUUGAUACUUAGGGCAAGCGCGAUGUGA